CCCCGCUCCCCGCGCUAUAACCGGGCGCUGCGGGGCUCCGCGGCUCAUCCGCUCCCAGCCAUGGCUCCCGAGCGGCCCUCGCCGGCGUUCGCCGAGGCCGGGCGGCAGAGUGGGCUGCAGGUGUGGCGUGUCGAGCGGCUGGAGCUGGUGCCGCCCCCCCUGCACUACUGGCUGGGGAAAGAGUGCACCCAGGAUGAAAGCACAGCUGCAGCUAUCUUUGCUGUUCAAAUGGAUGACUAUCUAGGAGGAAAGCCUGUGCAGAGUAGAGAAAUUCAAGGGUAUGAGUCUACUGAGUUUGUGGGUUACUUCAAAGGAGGAAUUAAAUACAAGGCAGGUGGUGUUGCCUCUGGAUUUAAUCAUGUUGUUACUAAUGAUCUGAGUGCUCGGAGGCUGCUGCAUAUCAAGGGCCGGAGAGUUGUAAGAGCCACAGAAGUCCCCCUGGCUUGGACCAGCUUCAACAAAGGAGAUUGUUUCAUUAUUGACCUUGGAAAUGAAAUCUACCAGUGGUGUGGCUCAUCAUGCAAUAAAUACGAGAGGCUGAAGGCUACACAGGUUGCUGUUGGCAUUCGGGACAAUGAACGGAAUGGAAGGUCUAAGUUAAUUACUGUGGAAGAAGGGAGUGAGCCAGACCGCCUCAUAGAGGUUUUAGGGAACAAGCCAGAGCUUCCUGAGUGUGACGAUGAUGAUGAUGAACUGGCUGAUGUCACAAAUAGGAGAAGUGCUAAGCUAUACAUGGUGUCAGAUGCAAGUGGAUCCAUGAAGGUGUCCUUGGUAGCAGAGGAAAACCCCUUCUCUAUGGCUAUGCUUUUGUCUGAGGAGUGCUUCAUUUUAGACAAUGGUGCUGCCAGGAAGAUCUUUGUGUGGAAAGGCAAAGAUGCUAACCCUCAAGAGAGAAAAGCUGCCAUGAAGAAUGCUGAACAAUUCAUUCAGCAGAUGAAUUAUCCUGCCAACACACAGAUUCAAGUCCUUCCCGAAGGAGGGGAAACGCCAAUGUUCAAACAGUUUUUCAAAGACUGGAAGGAUAAAGAUCAAAGUGAUGGCUUUGGCAAAGUAUAUGUCACAGAGAGAGUGGCUAAAAUUGAGCAGGUUGAAUUUGAUGCUACCAAGUUACACGAGUCUCCACAAAUGGCUGCCCAGCAUAACAUGGUAGAUGACGGUUCAGGGAAAGUAGAGAUCUGGCGUGUGGAAAGCAGUGGCCGAGUUCCUGUGGGACCCGAGACAUAUGGACAGUUCUAUGGGGGUGACUGUUACAUUAUCCUCUACACUUACCCUAAAGGGCAGAUCAUCUAUACAUGGCAAGGAGCCCAUGCUACAAAAGAUGAGCUGACUGCAUCUGCAUUUCUGACUGUUCAGCUGGAUCGGUCAUUAAAUGAUCAGGCUGUGCAGAUCCGAGUCAGUCAAGGCAAAGAGCCUGCACAUUUACUGAGCUUGUUCAAAAACAAACCACUUAUAGUCUACAAGGAUGGGACAUCCAGGAAGGAAGGUCAGAAACCUGCCCCACCGACACGACUCUUCCAAAUCCGCAGGAACCUAGCAGCCAUCACUAGGAUUGCAGAGGUUGAUGUUGAUGCAGUGUCACUAAACUCUAAUGACGUCUUUGUUCUGAAACUGCCAAACAACUCUGGCUACACGUGGAUAGGAAAAGGAGCAAGUAAAGAAGAGGAACAGGGAGCUCAAUACAUUGCCAAUGUUCUCAAAUGCCAGACCACUAAGAUUAAUGAAGGCCAGGAACCAGGGGAAUUCUGGAAAGCACUUGGAGGUAAAAAACCAUACCAGACUUCAUCACAACUCUUGACAAAUGCUGAAGAUCAUCCCCCUCGCUUGUAUGGUUGUUCUAAUAAGACAGGCAGAUUUAUUAUUGAAGAGGUCCCAGGAGAAUUCACUCAGGAUGAUUUGGCUGAAGAUGAUGUCAUGUUGCUGGAUGCUUGGGAGCAGGUUUUCAUCUGGAUUGGGAAGGACGCUAAUGAAACUGAGCGACAGGAAUCUGUUAAAUCAGCCAAACGCUAUAUUGAAACAGAUCCUUCUGGCAGAGAUAAGGGAACCCCCAUUGUAAUUGUGAAGCAAGGGUAUGAACCCCCCACAUUCACUGGCUGGUUCCUGGCUUGGGACUCAAACAAAUGGAAGAACUGAUCUCUCCAAGGAGACUCCAGCCUCAAGCCAAAGAAUUAUCAGUGCCCAGCUACUUUCUAGUAUUUUUAAGCAUAAGCUUAUGCAACAAUAUGAUGCAUCUGUUGUUACACUUUCCUGAGCUUUGAUGUAUUUCUGUGAAUAACCUAGACAUUCUUAGCACUGGAAAGGAUAAAUGAUAAUUGUAAAUUGGCCAAAUGGGGUGAGUGGGACUUUUCUAGUGGUAAAGACAGAAAGUGCUACCAAUUUUUAAUCUUAAAAGAAAGAAAUAAAUUUUCUUUAAUCUACUGAUUCUUUAAAGAGAAGCUGUGGAUCAGUUAAUUUUAAUGUGCUAAAAUGGACCAAAUUCUCUCUUCACUUAAAAAUCCAAAUUGAUGCCACAGAAAUUCCUUCAGAGUAAGGUCAAGAUAAUACUGUGCAGAAUUUGGCCUGGUAGAGGAAUAAAACUGUCCAUUAGAAGGAAAGGAAUGCACCUGAUUUAAUUACUAGGCCCACGUAUUGCUAAUCUCAUUGAAAAUUUCAGAUAAUGUCUGAUGCUCAGUGGGAAUUGUGGCUCACAGGGGGCAAAUAAUGAAUGGAUAUUUGGAGAAAGCUGGGCUUAACAUGUUUGUUUACCCUGUUAAUACAUAUAUGUGUGGAGCUUUAGACUGAAUACUGUCAGAAUAUGAAAUCAACAGAGGUUUUUUAGAGGGACUGUCUGGUGUAUUGUGAUGAGUUCCGUUAGAUUUAUCUCUGAACCAGCUCCAGCCCCACCAGGUCUUUUUAACUGAAGCUCUUAAACACGUUGUAGUGCACUAGUGCUUUGAAGUGGAAGCAAAAGUAACAGCUUUGAAAACACAUACUCUGCCUUAACCAGAUUGCUCUCAAGCCAUACUUCACCUCAGUUGCCUUACUCAGCAGUACUUACUUCUUCAGCAUGCAGACUGUUCACCUUGUCAGGUGCAGAAUGUCUUUCUAAUUUUGUGUGCAGGUGUUAGACAAAUAUCACACAAAU